AUGCGUUCUUUACGACGUCUGUGGUGGAGGUCACAGUGAGUCGACAGAACAUUGGGACUGUCCAUUUGUUGCCAUGGCGAAAUUGUUUGAGUCAAUUGGAAAGUUGGGCUUGGCUUUGGCCAUUGGUGGAGGUGUAGUUAACUCUGCUCUUUUCAAUGUGGAUGCAGGUCAUCGGGCGGUCAUUUUUGACCGGUUUCGUGGCGUCCAGGAUGCCGUCGUUGGCGAGGGAACGCACUUCCUGAUUCCCUGGGUGCAGAAGCCAAUCGUUUUCGACUGCAGGUCCCGCCCACGCAAUGUGCCCGUCAUCACCGGCAGCAAAGAUCUGCAGAAUGUUAACAUCACUCUUAGGAUCCUGUUCCGGCCGGUAGCGGCCCAGUUGCCGAGGAUCUUCACCAGUAUCGGGGAGGAUUACGAUGAGAGAGUACUGCCCUCCAUCACCACAGAAGUACUGAAAGCUGUAGUGGCCAGGUUCGACGCAGGCGAACUCAUCACUCAGAGAGAGCUGGUGUCCAGACAGGUCAGCGAGGACCUGACCGAGAGGGCAGCGACCUUUGGCCUCAUCCUCGACGACGUCUCCCUGACCCAUCUGACGUUUGGGAAAGAGUUCACAGAGGCUGUAGAGAUGAAGCAGGUUGCUCAGCAAGAGGCUGAAAGAGCCAGGUUUAUUGUGGAGAAGGCGGAGCAGCAGAAGCAGGCCGCCAUCAUUUCGGCGGCGGGAGACUCCCAGGCCGCCCUGCUCAUCGCCAACUCGCUGGCGGAGGCCGGGGACGGGCUGGUGGAGCUCAGGAAGCUGGAGGCGGCCGAAGACAUCGCCUUCCAACUCAGCCGCUCACGCAAUGUCACCUACCUGCCCUCCGGCCAGGGUACACUGCUCCAGCUGCCUCAGUGACACACACACACACACACACACUGACACACACACACACACACACACACACUGCUCCAGCUGCC